AUGAAGAUAUGUGAGCUUUUUAUAGUUGUCCUUUGUUUUGGUUCCGCACUAGGGCAGCUCCCUUCCCAUGACACUUUGGCACUGCUUGAGUUCAAAAAAGGAAUCCAGCACGACCCCACGGGUUUCGUGCUUGAUUCAUGGAAUGAGGAGUCCAUUAAUUUCAAUGGAUGCCCUUCCUCCUGGUAUGGGAUAAUGUGCAAUGAAGAUAAUGUUGCAGAAGUUGUUCUUGACAACUUAGAAUUAUCUGGAUAUGUUGAUUUGAGUGUAUUCUCUAAUCUGACAAUGCUAGUAAAACUCUCAAUUUCCAACAACUCCAUUUCUGGGAAGCUUCCUAACAACCUUGAUGAAUUCAAUAGCCUCGAGUAUUUGGAUAUUUCUGACAAUCUGUUCUUCUCGUCACUGCCUUCCGAGAUUGGUAAGUUAGGUAGGUUAAAGAAUCUGUCAUUGGCUGGGAAUAACUUCUCAGGUUCGAUCCCAGACACAAUUUCGGGGCUUACCUCUAUAUUCUCUUUGGACAUCAGUCGCAAUUCCAUUACCGGAUCACUGCCAUCAUCUUUGACACGGUUGGGUGUUUUGGUGUCUCUUAAUCUAUCCCACAAUAAUCUUACAGGUGGAAUACGAAAAGGAUUUGAGUUGAUGACACAACUUGAGGUGCUCGACUUGCACGGGAAUAUGUUUGAUGGUGAUUUAGAUCCAGAAUUCUUGGUACUAACUGCUGCAACUCAUGUCGACCUUAGCAGGAAUUUGCUUACGAGUUCAUCCAGUAGGCCGCAAAAUUUUUUAGAGGGUAUUUCUCCUACUGUACAGCAUUUAAAUCUUAGUCACAACCAACUAACAGGAUUACUAGUUGGUGGGGGUGAUGCACAAGGUUUUGGGAAUUUGAAGGUUUUGGAUUUGAGCUACAAUCAGCUAUCUGGGGAGUUACCUGGAUUCAAUUUUGUUUAUGAUCUUGAGGUCCUGAAACUCAGUAACAACAGAUUUUCUGGCUUCAUUCCAACUAACCUUUUGAGAGAAGAUUCUUUGGUUCUAACCGAGUUGGAUUUGAGCAGCAACAACCUCUCAGGGUCGGUAAGUAUGAUAACAUCAACAACGUUGCGCACCCUUAAUAUCUCCUCAAAUGUGCUUUCUGGUGAACUUCCGCUUCUGACAGGAAGUUGUGCAGUUAUUGAUCUGUCAGAAAACCAUUUUGAAGGAAAUUUAACCAGACUGCUGAAAUGGGGAAAUGUAGAAAUUCUUGAUCUCAGUCAAAACCGAUUGACAGGGUCCAUUCCGGAGGUAACUGCGCAAUUUCUGCGCUUAAACUAUCUUAACCUCUCUCACAAUUUGCUAAACGGUGCUCUUCCAAAUGUCAUCUCGCUAUUUCCAAAACUCGCUAUCCUUGAUCUCAGCUUCAACCAGCUGGGGGGACCUCUUUUAACUACUCUCUUAACAUCAUCAACUCUUCAGGAACUUCACCUACAGAGUAAUAUACUCUCAGGAAGUGUGGAUUUUUCACCCCCCUGGCAAAAUUCAAAUGUGCAUGUUGUUGAUUUUUCUGACAAUCGGCUUAGUGGUCACUUCCCUGAUGGGUUUGGAUCAUUUGCUGGACUUCAAGCGCUCGAUAUUGGGGGGAAUAAUUUCUCUGGUUCUCUGCCUACUUCUUUUUGUAAUAUCAGUACCCUAACUUCACUGGACAUUUCCCACAAUCAUUUCACAGGUCCACUGCCAAAUAACUUGUCUAAUAGUCUCCAAAGCUUUAAUGCGUCAUAUAAUGAUCUUUCGGGGGUUGUCCCUGAAAAUUUAAGAAAAUUUCCCCUAUCAUCUUUCUAUCCUGGCAACUCUGCACUGAAGUUUCCGAAUCCUCCUCCUGGAUCAAACCAGGUUCCAACUGGAAAUCCCAAUAAGAAACACAUGAAAAUUAUUAUCAAAAUGGUAAUAAUAGUAUCUUGCGUUAUUUCCAUGGUCAUUUUGAUCCUUAUUUCCAUUUUUAUUUAUUACAAGCGCAAAUCGAGAAGGCCUUUGUCACAUGUUACCGACAAAGAUGUGUGCCUUCAAACACUUAAACCUUCUAGCACUGGUAGAAAAGACCUUGCUGGUGGCUUGGGUGUUUCAGGCAAGGAACUCACGACAGCACGAAAAGGAUCAUCAUUGGACAUAAUUAGUUCUGAUCAGAAAAUGGCUGCGGUAACUGGUUUUUCACCAUCAAAAACAAGCCAUUUCUCAUGGUCACCAGAGUCCAGAGGGUCAUUUACUGCAGAACAGCUUUCAAGAUUGGAUGUUGGUUCUCCUGAUCGACUGGCUGGUGAGCUGUACUUUCUUGAUGAUACGAUCUCAUUUACAGCUGAUGAACUCUCAAGGGCUCCAGCUGAAGUCCUUGGAAGAAGCAGCCAUGGGACAUCUUACAGAGCUUCUUUAGAGAGUGGAUUGUUUUUGACAGUGAAGUGGUUGAGGGAAGGAGUAACAAAACAGAGAAAAGAAUUUGCAAAAGAGGCUAAGAAGUUUGCAAAUAUCAGACAUCCAAAUGUGGUUGGAUUGAGAGGGUACUAUUGGGGACCCACACAGCAUGAGAAGCUCAUUCUCGUAGACUACAUAUCUCCUGGAAGUCUAGCAAGGUUUCUCUAUGAUCGACCUGGAAGGAAGGGUCCACACCUAACCUGGGCCCAAAGGCUUAAAAUAGCAGUUGAUGUUGCACGUGGUCUGAACUAUCUCCAUUUUGACCGUGCUGUCCCACAUGGGAACCUUAAAGCAACAAACAUACUACUAGAUGGAUCUGAGCUGAAUGCACGCGUGGCUGAUUACUGUCUUCACCGCCUCAUGACCCAAUUGGGAACCGUUGAACAGAUUCUUGAUGCUGGGGCUUUGGGUUAUCGCUCUCCAGAAUUAGCUGCAUCCAAGAAGCCUAUGCCCUCCUUCAAAUCAGAUGUUUAUGCUUUUGGAGUGAUUUUAUUGGAACUUCUUACAGGGAAGUGUGCCGGGGAUGUAGUCUCAAGCGAAGAUGGAGGAGUUGAUUUAACAGAUUGGAUUAGGUUGAGGGUGGCAGAAGGUCGAGGAUCAGACUGUUUUGAUGUCACAUUGACAUCAGAGAUGAGUGUUCCAGCAGUGGAGAAGGGAAUGAACGAGGUUCUUGGAAUAGCUUUACGUUGUAUACGUGCUGUAUCCGUGAGGCCAGGCAUCAAGACAGUAUAUGAGGAUCUUUCGUCUAUUUAA